AUGAAGGUCGAGUUCGUCGACUACCACGCGGUGGCGACGUGGUCGUGGGACCUUGGCGACGCCCUGGCGGCAGGCGGCGACGAUCUCUGUGGCAUCUGUCGGGUGCUGUUCAACGGCACCUGUCCCGAUUGCAAAUACCCCGGCACCGAGUGUCCCGUCGUCAUCGGGGCGCUGUGUCCUCACAACUUCCACAUGCACUGUAUCCUCAGAUGGCUCGAACAGGAGUCGAGCCGUGGUCUCUGUCCCAUGUGUCGCCAGAUCUUUACUUACUCGACGGAGAUGUUGGGCGAUUUACCGGAACUUACGAAGCUUAUUGAAGACCACGCCGCGAUGAGAGCGAGGGGACCCGAUGAUGAUGGCUUUGAACAAUUGGAAGCCACAGGGUAA